AUGUAUUUCCUUUCUUUUCACUAUUCUAUAAGUAAGAAUUACUAUUCAUGGAGGAGGAGAACCAAACUCUGUGACAGAAUUUGUCUUCCUGGUCUCUCACAGGAUGCAACACAAGUCCUGCUCUUCUUUCUUUUUCUGGCCAUCUACCUGCUGACCGUGCUGGGAAACCUGCUGAUCAUUGUGCUCAUUCACAUAGACUCCAGACUCCACACACCCAUGUACUUCUUCCUCAGAAACCUGUCCUUUGCUGAUCUCUGUUUUUCUACUACCACAGUCCCCCAGGUGCUCGUCCACUUCCUGGUGAAGAGGAAAACCAUUUCCUUUGCUGGAUGUGCAACACAGAUAGUUGUGUUACUGGUUGGGGGUACAGAGUGUGCACUGCUGGCAGUGAUGUCCUAUGAUCGGUAUGUGGCUGUCUGCAAGCCUCUGCAUUACUCCACCAUCAUGACACAUUCGCUAUGUGUCCAGCUGGCCAUGUGGUCCUGGGCCAGUGGAGCAUUUGUGUCUCUGGUGGACACUAUGUUCACACUGCAUCUUCCCUACCAAGGAAAUAAUAUCAUUAACCAUUUUUUCUGUGAACCUCCUGCCCUCCUGAAGCUGGCCUCAGCAGAUACUUACAACACAGAAAUGGCCAUCUUUGCAAUGGGUGUGGUAAUCCUCUUAGCUCCUGUCUCCCUCGUCCUGGUCUCCUACUGGAAUAUCAUCUCCACUGUGACUCAGAUGCAGUCUGGAGAGGGCAGGCUCAAGGUCUUCUUCACCUGUGGUUCCCAUGUCAUUGUUGUAGUUCUCUUCUAUGGCUCAGCAAUAUUUGCCUACAUGAGGCCAAACUCCAAGAUAAUGAAUGAAAGGGAUAAAAUGAUCUCUGUGUUCUACUCAGCAGUGACACCCAUGCUGAACCCCAUCAUUUAUAGCCUGAGGAACAAGGAUGUCAAAGGGGCUCUCAGGAGACUAACUGCAAAAUAG